CUUGAAUUUGCACACGGCACGACGACAUUGUCUUUUGUGUUUCAGGGAGGGAUUGUCGCAGCCGUCGAUUCUCGCGCAAGUCUGGGGAGUUUUGUAGGGUCGAAAACCACUCAAAAGGUCUUGCCCAUUAAUUCGCAUAUGUUGGGCACUAUGGCUGGUGGUGCUGCCGAUUGCUCCUUCUGGAUUCGGAAGUUGCAGGGUGAGGCCGCCAUGCACGUACUGACGCUGGACGGACGCCGAAUGUCGGUGGCUCGGGCAUCACGGCUUUUGUCCAAUGCCUUGUAUGACAAUCGAAAAUUGGGCCUCUCUGUCGGGACUAUGGUUAUGGGCUUUGACGACACAGAAACAAAAUCUAGUCGAGCACGAAUAUUUUACGUUGACAACUCCGGCACACGCAUUGAAGGAGACGUCUUUGCAGUAGGUUCUGGAAGUACUUUUGCCCUGGGUAUUUUGGAUACAGAGAAGCGUCAUGAUCUAACGGUGGACGAGGCCGUGGCGUUGGGUCUGAAGGCGAUUCGACACGCAACAUUUCGGGAUGCCUAUUCGGGAGGAUUCAUUAACGUAUAUUUGAUAACUCACGAGCAUGGUUGG